AUCUGCACCGAACCAACUCUUUGCUUUCUCAGCCAAGUCAAAACAUGUCCUCUUAGAACAAGAAUUUACAUUCUGCGAAAGAAGUUCUCAGAAGCAGCACUCUGAAAUGGAAUUCAAGCAUUUCAUCUUAAUCUUGCUUUGUCAGUACUUGAACCAUCAGUUUUUCUCAGAGACAGAAGCAGUUUCUACAGAGCAGCAGCCACAGUCUGCUGCUCUCACACCAUCAGGACUGCAUGUUGCACCUACUUCUCCAAACGCAGCAGGGAGUGCUUUGAGCACAACGCCACAACUCAACAACCCUGCUUCUGGACAACAAUCACCACCUGCCCAAAGCACGCCUGGACAACCAACACCAGCCGUUUAUGUCUCUGCAAGACCAGUUGCCUCCAACAUCACCAGUCAAGCAUUAUCAGCGGUCAACAACUCCUUUCCACAAACAUCACUACCUGUGUUCACGUUGGCCAAUCAACCAUCCUCUUCUUCCCAUAAUUCCACUAAACCACCACCAAGACCUCUUGUCUAUACACAACAGCCACUGUCACCUGCUUCUACCUCUUCUGAAAAACCAGUACUACAGACUAUCCAUAAUCAGUCCACAAAAUCAACACCACCUACUAAUUUACAUAUGACUGAUGACAAUUUACCAAGGAACACACCACCACCACCACCACCAGCAGCAGCAGUCACUUUGGAACCAAAAAGUGGCAAAGGAACUGCACAUAAAACCAACCACAAUACAAUAGCUGCCAUAUUAAUUGGCACAAUUCUAAUUUCUAUGUUGGUAGCUAUACUCAUGAUUAUACUGUGGAAAUACUUGAGGAAACCAAUUUUAAAUGAUCAAAACUGGGCUGGCAGGUCGCCAUUCGCUGAUGGAGAAACACCAGACAUGUGUAUGGAUAACAUAAGAGAGAGUGAAGUACCCACAAAACGCACAUCAGUUGUUUCGCUUAUGACCUGGAAACCAAGCAAAAGCACACCGUUAGCAGAUGAUUUAGAAAUUAAGCUGUUUGCAUCAAGUGAACACAUUAAUGAUAGCAACAGCCUCAAAACUGAGAACGUGAAAGAUCAAACAAAUGGUCUAUCAGAAGACAGUGCUGAUGGGUCAACAAUCGGUACAGCUGUGUCUUCUUCAGAUGACGCGGAUCUGCCCCUGCCACCUCCCCCUCUCGAUCUAGAUGGGAAUCUCUCAGACAAGCCCACAAUGAUAAUGGAUUCUCCUGUACCAAACGAUUCUACCAGUCUCCAACCAUCUCCAGACAGUCUACACCAAGCAUGUGAAGACCACACUUCCAUGAUUCAACAGUCAUUUCCGCCACCCCCUGACUCAUUUAACUCCCUUCCGUUAGCAGAAGAGGUUAUAAUCAAUCAAGAGCCUAACCAAGAGACUAGUCUGGAGUUCUCUACUCCUGACUUCCAUCAGGAUCUCACAGACUCCCCGCCAGCUUCUACAGAGCUGCUGUAAAGUGACAGUUUGCUUUCUAGCUUGUCCUCCAUCCUGAGAUGGAGGACAUCCCAUUUCCUGUCCUCCUGGUACGACACAUAUAACAACCGGCAGCCGAGUGACUUUGUUUAGGAACUAUCUGACACCUGAAUGAAGCCCAUGUACAAAGGUUGAUUAUUACAGUGAUAUGCUUACUAGCUAUAGAACUUAUUUUAAAAGCAGAGUCCCUUUACAUAUGAAUGAUUGAUAUGUCAAGAGCUUAAUCAUUUUGCAAACAUGAGAUCUACAUAUACUUAUUAUUACAGA